AUGAGAGAAAAGAUGCAAAAAUGGAACGGAGUAGUACUCACGAAGUGGGAAACUAUAGAGAGGCAGACAGAUAAGAAGAUGUUAGGACGUGUACAUAAAAUCCUAAUCGAACGUGAAAAUGGAUACAGAGGAGAAACACCAGAUUUUCUGCGUGACCCGUUAAUAAACGAGAUAAACGUGCAGCUGGCACUGUUUCGGGACCUCCUCAUCCAUAUUGGCCAGCCUCACGAUAGCCCAGAACUACGUGAAAGAGUGAGGCGACUUCGGCGUACCUGUGUUGAAGCGACAAAACAAACCAGCCAGCUGGUUCUUCCUACCUGCAAAAAGUCUAGUGGAGAAGUCUGUGCCGAACAGCCUCAAUUGGUGCUAUUAUACUUUAUGUCGAACCUUCUCUUGCGGGAACUUGCCAAGUGUCACAGACUAGUUCAGCUAGUGCCGAUGGAUAUGUCGUCAUAUUACGAAAAUCGUGCUGGACCAUCAAACUUCGGUAACGUCAUCAGUCAGAUUCUGUUGUGUAAGCAAAUAACGCCUGACUUCAAUCAAGAGGAGCUAUGCAGUAUUGCCAAGGACACGCAAGAAAUUACGAGAAUAGUCACCGAUAUACAGGAAUUCCUUCCACAACACGAGACGCUUAGUCAUUUAGAGAGCAACAUUGCACUCAAAGGAGACGAAGUUAACGGCCUAUGGAGGAAUAAGCGAAGAGGUUCUCUUUACAAAGGCAUGGGAGUGCUCUGUUGCAUGUCUCGACCCAACUACCUCUGAGGGUGUCGAAUCUCGCCUACGCGGCGCCUCUCGGAAACCCAGGAGGAAUCAAGGUUUAUGGAAUUGGACGCUCAGUGUUCGUAAAUCAGUGAUUAGUAGCAGGUAAAAGUAGUGUAGAAAAUGAAGGGUCCAUUAGUUUGUCUAUCACGCUACUAGAAUCUAAUUCACGCAUUAUAGUCAAUACUUAGAGUAGUGAAUUGUCUGGAAAGGGAACAAUUUCGUUUUAAUUUUCCAAGCACAUUUUCCUUUAUUUAAAAUGUAAAUAAUAGUUAUACCCCAAAGCAGACUGAUUCUUUUAAACCGUCUCUUACAUCUAUUACGCAUAAUACAAUGUAAUAUUUGGUAAGAAAUUAUGUUAAUGCGAAUUGAACAACAUAUUUCUAUCCCUAUCAGAAAU